GAAUGCGGACCUUGCGGUGGCGAACGGAGCCGUGCGACUUCUGUUAAUUUUUGUUCUUUAAAUUAAUUAAUAUCUUGUUCAAAAUUUACCUAUUAAUUGAAGUUCUGUUGUCCAGCACUUUACUCUUUCAAAUACAAUAUGAUCCUCAAUGAUAUAUCUAACAUGGCCGGUUGGUGGACGGUCCUGAUCGCCUUCAAAAUACUCCUUGCCUCCACCUACUUCUUCUUUGCUAAAAAACCAAAAAAGUACUCUCCGCACACUGAUGCUUUAGCAACUGGCAACUAUACUCCAUGGAAGACUUUACCGUUGGUAGAACAUGACGUGACGGUCGAAGAGUCUCCGAUUAUGGGCAAAAUUGAUGAUAAUUGUUUAAAUGUUGGUGCGACUAGUUUUUUAUGCUUGGAUAAGGAGGAAUCAAUAAUGGAAAGUGCAAUAAAGUGCUUGCACAAGUACGGUGUUGGAUCCUGCGGUCCCAGAGGCUUCUAUGGUACGAUUGACGUGCAUUUAGAACUUGAGGAGAGACUAGCCAAGUUUCUGGAAGUGGAAGAGACAUGUGUGUAUUCAUAUGGGUUCUCCACAAUCGCCAGUGCUAUACCAGCUUAUGCUAAAAAACAGGAUAUCAUUUUUGCCGAUGAAAAAGUCUGGUUCGCAAUCCAAAAAGGUUUUGACGCAGCCCGUAGCACAAUUCGCUACUACAAACACAAUGACAUGCAACAUUUAGAAGCGCUGCUCACCGAAGCCAAAGAGAAGAAGCAGUUGAGUGCCCGGAGACGAGCAUUCCUUGUGACGGAGGCUGUGUUCUUCAAUACCGGAGAAAUGUGUCCGCUUCAGGAAGUGGUCGCUUUGGCACGGAAGUUCAAAUUGAGGAUUAUUUUGGAUGAGAGUUUGAGUAUUGGGGUAUUAGGCAAAAACGGCCGCGGUCUGACCGAGCACCUCAACGUGCCUCGCGACGAGGUGGACCUCAUCGUGGGGUCCUUAGAGCACUCGUUCGCCAGCGUCGGGGGCUUCUGUGCCGGCUCGCACUUCAUCGUGGAGCACCAGCGCCUAUCCGGCUUAGGUUACUGCUUCAGCGCGUCUCUGCCGCCGAUGUUAACGCAGGCCGCCAUCUCCGGCCUCGACAUUUUGGAAUCCAGGCCCGAGAUCCUCACAGAACUCGAGGAAAGCUCACAAAAACUAGACAAGGCGCUCUCAAAACUCAAACACUUCACAUUCCGCGGCCACGCCCUCUCUCCAAUCAAGCACGUGUACCUCAAAAAGGAUCUCACGGACCGCCUCAAACACAGCUACCUCAAGAACAUCGCGAACUACUGCCUCGAAAGAGGCGUAGCUCUCUCCGUAGCGGCAUAUCUAAGGGACGUGGAGCACAGUUGUCCGGAACCUUCGAUACGGUUGGCUUCGAGUAGGAAGUUGAAUGAUGGGAAUAUCAGUUUGGUGUGCGGGAUGCUGGACGAGGCGUAUGAGAAGGUUGGUCCGCAGCCGGAGCUGAUGGCGUUGUAAGGAAUAUAUGAUCACGCGCCAUGUUGCGGAAUUUCACUGGAACUAAUAUUUUCAUACUAUACUGAACUGUCACCCUAUAUAGGUACAUGAAAAUAACAGCGCCCUCUUGACAAUGAUCAUGUGUCUAUUGUUUCCCAUAUAGUUUUAAGUCAUAAUGUAUCGUUUGUCCACAUUUUCGUUAGUCAUAAUUUGGUUUUUCUCAGAAACGCGUAACUUUACACGAUUGCCAUAAAACAAACCUAACGUAACCUAUUUAUAGGAUAACCUGAGGAAAUUCCUGAAAAGUUAGCCGUUUCAGAAUUAUGACUACUGAUAAUAUGACAAUCAUUACGUUAUGACUUUCAAUAAUUAUGUCAAACAAAGGGACCCCCAAUCCCCAAUGAUCAUAUAUUCCUGGUCAGGCUUUAGAGGUGAGCAUAUUUGAGGAAGGGGAAUAUAAGUCCAUUUGCGAGAUUAUGGUUUGCCAUAGCACAAUAUCGUAGGCCGUAGCACGGUCGCAUUUUUAUCACCUGUCACCAUACGUGUCACGUUCUAACAAGUAUGUUAGUGCGAAAGUGACAGGCGAUAAAAAUGGAACCAUGCUGCCACCGCUGGUGUAAGAAAUUGACAUAAACUUUAACAAAAAAGAACGCACAUUAAAAAUGUCAUGCCAUUUCGGAAAUUUUCCUCCUUCUGUGGGGAAAUGCAUGAAUUCAUUAUUACAGUAUAACGCCCAAAUAAUAUUUGAAUUAGUCACAGAACUUUCUCCAAGAUCCCAUCAUCUGAACCACCUGUAAAGUGUAAAUAAAAAAUUUAAUUUUCCAAAUUGGCCCAGCCGUAAUUGAGAAAUCAAAUACAUACAUUUAAAAAUUAAAUCAAGAUCCGAACGAACUGACAACAGUAACAAUAACCUCCUUAUAAGUCGGUAAAAAGGGUAAAAAGUGACUUGUAAUAAUUUCACCCCUGGACUACAGAAUAAGUAAAAAUACUAAAGUACAGAAGGUUCACUCGCCUUAGACCUAACUAAAAUGCGGAGUAAACCACUGCCUUGACUAUUUAUUUGUUUGAAUCAACACUAUUAUUUAAUGACUCUACCGAGUUAAAUCAUCGACUAUUGCAAUGAUUUUAUUAAUAACAUUUAAAAUAUCAUGAGGUAUUUUAUUUUACUAAGCACAGUAUACAAUGCAUUUAUAUGACGUCGCAACUUAAAUAAUAAUUUAACAUAAAAUAGUUUAACAUAUCAGAAUUAUAUUAUAAUAUAUGUUAUAAUGUUUACACGAAUAACACAUGUUCCAUAAUGGUUAAAGAUAUUACUUAAAACUAGGAUAAAGUGUUUAUUUGUUAAUUAUUGAAGUGACAAGUGACAUUUGACAUUUCGAACUAUGGAAAAGACCACCAUCUACACUAGCGCCCCUAGCGGCGAAUUCAUACGCGUUAGCCCUCAUUUUUAAGCACUACGUUAUUUACUUGCACUAUUAUGACAUUUAAUAGUUUUACAAAUACAAAAAUACCGGUAUUUAAUUCGAAAUAGGCAACAUGGUCACAAUUACCGGUAUACCGGCAUUCGUUUUUCACUAAUAUAUUAUACACAAUACACAUUACUUCAUAAUACUAUUACCUACAUUUGGUUUAAAGAACAAUAAGUUCAAGUAUUUCUCACAACAAUAUUAUGCAGAUAUCCCUCAAGUAUUAAUCACUUACUUAACUAAGUUACAUCCGUAAUAUACACAAAGUACAUAGAUUAUGUGCCUUUACAAUAUAUUCAGCGAAUACCAAAGCAAUAUUCAAAAACCAAAGUUCUCAAAACUGCCAACGCCUAUGUUGAGUGCAUAAGUAUAAUUUGUGCAUUAUAAGCUACGCACGGUAAACAUUGUAGCUACGGAAUGAAAACCGGUAAAAAUGUGGAAAUUACCGGUAAACCGGUAAAUUACCGGUAUUUCUUACAAGUAUCUUUUUUUUUAAACAGCCUACACUGAAAAUUGUAGCUAGGGAAUGCAAACCGGCAAAAAUGUAUGGAAAUUACCGGUAAACUGGUAAAUUGUCGCCGUUUCUCAUGCUAAGUUUUUAAAGGUUGCAUUUGCUAAUUUGAGUAAUUGUAGCCGCAUGCUUUUUUACCGCAUUUGUGGUAAUUUAUUUACUGCUCUCAUUCCUAGUUUUAACCUCCUAAAUAAUGUAUUAAAAUACUGAAUUUUUUUGGAAUAAUGUUUUUUUACGUGUAAGUACCAUUUGUCUCAAUCGAAAUAUAUUUAGAUAUAGACCUUGUCACAAUGAAGAAUGUUAACAAUAAUUAUGUUAAGGUGCUCAGUAUUAUAAAAUCACUAUUUAAGAACUGACAUACAUAUUACUUGUAGAACUAGAAUACAAGAUCAAACGCCAAGGACAUCUACAUAUAAUAGUCGCCGAGUUUUUCACUCAGAAUUAAAAACGAACUAGUUGUUAUUUUGCUUUAAAAAAACAAGCUCAUAAAUAAUUACUUAUUCACUUUAAAGGCAAUGACAGCGUAUUUGUGACAUUAUAGGCUACGGUAACUGCUUACCAUCAGGCGGGCCGUAUGCUUGAUUGCCACCGACAUGGUAUAAAAAAAAAAAAAUUAUAUCAUAAAAGAGAUAUACUAAAAUAUUCUAACGUACACGUAAGUUUCUAUGCAUAUUUCUAUACAAAUUGACGCGAUUUCAUUGUUCCAAAAUAUAUAAGAUUUAGUAAUUUAUAAAAAAACUAUUUUAAAAGUUCUCCUGUAGUAUGUAUGUCAGUCAAAAAGAGCGCAAAAUGGCCUAAAUAUUAUAACGAUGUUAAAAUUUAUUGUUCGAAAUACGUUAUGUAGGUCAUCAUAAUAAGAUUAAUAAAGUACAUUAUUGCACAUCGCUUGUUACUUAUAUUAUUUUUUAAUAAAUGCAUUAUU